GCUGACAAUAUUAUUGUAAUCCCGUAAUGCCCAAAAGGCCCCUUAUCAUGGCUAUAUGAUUAAGCAAACAACUAAAUACUGCAAGAAACUAGAAGCACAACUCCCUAAUGCAAAACCCCAUUAAUCUAAUCUCAAGCUGAAGCUCAAUCCCGACUGCAAAUGCAAUGUUGCAAGCAGUCCAUCUCAUCCCUAAAAGCGUUCCCGGUUUUGGUCCUUCAGAAGGCAGGUGUCUCCCUCGUUCAGGAAUUUCUGGAAAGGCAGUAACUGUAUCCCCUUGUUCUUCUCAUGGUAAUCAUAAAAUUUGUUCACAGGUCAAGAUUGGGUCAAUAAAAUGUGCUUCCGGGGCAGCAUCUUUUGUGUGCAGUGCAAGUUCUGGUGGUCCUAGGAGAAACCCAGACUUCUCAAAGCAAAGCAGACAGGGUUUCUCCCGAAACAGGAACAGGAAAAAUGAGGAGAGAGAGAGCUUUGAAAACCUUGAUGAAUCUGAUUUGUUAACUUCGAAGAAUGGACCAUUAUUUUCUUUCUCAAAUACCUCAAAAUUCCAAGCCACUGCAGCCCCAGGGCCAAGAGAGAAGGAGAUUGUUGAACUAUUCAGGAAGGUACAGGCUCAGCUUCGUGAAAGAGCUGCAGUCAAAGAAGACAAGAAGGUUGAAACCUCCAAAGGAAAAGGUAAAGAGAGUGAAACUGUGAAUUCACUCCUUAAGCUGCUGAGGAAACACUCAAUUGAGCAAGGUAAGAAAAAAGCCGGCAGUCGAGACUUUGCUGUGGACCAACAGGAACAUAGUGGAUCAAACAGGGAGGAUAAAAACACAAGUUUCCUUGAUCCAAAUAACAAAGAAAGGAGUGGAGUCCUAGAACCUAAUUCGUCAUCUUUUGCCAGACCACCAUCAAAUUUCCGCCGCAAGUCUCCAGUUCCUCAAGUGAAAUUUAAGCCCGAAUAUUCAAAUGAGGAUCCUGUUAAUUCUUCAUCUUAUUUGAAUUUAAAUGGUGAGAAAAAGAAGCAAUUUGAGGUGAUUCCUGACACUGCCCAGCAGCCAGAAUUGGUGCCAGAGGAGGCAGAGUCAGAGUUGGAGCAGGAGCCAGCGUCCUCUUUCCCUGAUUCUGAAGUGUUAGAUGAGUUAUCAGAAGGGGAGUAUUCAGACAUUGAUAAUAUUGACGCAGAUAGAGACGAACAACAGGAGAUUGAACAUGAGGAUUUGAGUUUGUUGAAGCUGCCAGAGUUGAGGACAAUUGCAAAAUCUCGUGGUGUAAAAGCGUUUUCAAAGAUGAAGAAAGGUGAGCUAGUGGAGUUGCUAAGUGGUGGCUCAGUCUGAUUAACUGAUUCCGGAAAAAUGGCCAAGAGAAACAGAACCGAGUUUAGAUAGUUUUUGUUCUUUUUAUUAUUGGAAAUGCUCUUUUUUGUGCUCUUAUAGUUUAGUUCUUUCUUCUUUUCAUAAUUUCAUGACAUUUAUGAACCUUCAAAUUCUGUCGGAUGUUACUACUUUCCUGGUGAAGAUUUUGUUGGGAAAAAAAAAAUCCGAGUCAUUUUUAUUUGUUAAGACUCCACGUUGUAGAACUCUUCAACCAGGACGAGAUGAAGUGAUGAACAGAGACGCUUGACUUGAAAAAGAUUAUCUGAAAUUUGCUGUAGUAACUUCUUUUUUUUAUGAGAUUUAGGGAGUGUUUAGUUUGAUUA